AUCACUACUCCUGCUAUCACUACUACUACUAUCACUACUCCUACUAUCACUACUCCUACUAUCACUACUCCUACUCCUGCACUGCACACAUCUGCACCCUCUACGUGUAUGCUUAUUAGCACUCUCAUUCGGCCUUCACUCUUGGUAAUGAGUCUUCCAAAAGGCCAGACACUUUGGCAUAAGGGGUUCAAGAUUUUGUUGUGUCCUCUCUCAAUGGUUGCAGCCAUCAUUGCCUUUAUUAUUUUGCUGCUAUGGGAGCCCAUACACAUAACUCUUGUGGCUGUUGUGGGUGUGGCAAUGGUCCUGAGCUUGGGACAAACGAUUGUUGUUUUUCUACCCUUUGGGUCCAGCCAUGAACUGAGGUCCAUCUGUGAUUUGGUUCUCAGAGUGAUUGCCUUCACAACGGAGGUUUUUACCAUGGCGGCCAUAUUUGUGGGUCUGGAGGAAAUUGAGAAGUGCUGCUCGAUACACUGGCGCAUGAAAGUGAUGGGAGGGUAUACAGCCUGGGUGGCUCUGUUCUACUUGAUGUUCAUAUACCUUUGUUACCAGAGGAAAAGUAAGAUUUGUGAAUAUUAAGCAGGUUACUGUUUUUUUGUCAUGAAUCUUGUUCUGGAGGCAGCUCUGAAUAGUGAUAACUAAUGCCUAACCCAAACCUUAAAUGAAGACCAAAAAGCAUUUUUUCCCUUCCACAAAUUUGGGAAAAAUCGCUCAGUUCUGCCUCCAGGAAAACUGUCAUGACUGUCAAACGUUAAUUAACCUGUGAACGUUAACAUCUCAUCUCACUGUUCAAGAUAUUGGAAUUUCUUAAAUAAGACGAUUUAAUAUGGUUUUGUGUCUUCUGUUCACCUCGCUGGAAAUUCAGGAAUUGGUGACAAAUGGAUUGUGCCAAAGAGAAUGGUAAGCUCAGUGUCAAACCUCAGUUCUCAAUGAAGCCUGAACCCUGUUAAACUUUUAGGUAACCAUAUAAAAAGGUCACUGUGUUGCCUCCAUUUUCAAUGUGAAAUCACAAAAAGCUUCUCAUAAGUAUGUUUUUUGAUAAUUAUGCUUUGAAAUGCAAUGUGUCAACACAUUUUCAUGUCACUUUUUAAAAUUSUAUUUUUUUUYUUUUCAGAUACUCUUUGAAAAAAUCCUCAAUGUUAUCCUUGUUCUGGGCAAAUUGGGUUUUACAGUGGCUCUUAUCACUGGAAUAUACACUUAAUAUCCACUAUUUGCAUUGUGUGCCUCCAAACCCCUCUUUUACGCUGCUGCUACUCUCUGUUUACCAUAUAUGCAUAGU